CAUGAAGUCUGCCCUUGUGGUCCUUGUGGGGCUCUUCAUCCUUUGUGCUGAGCUGACAACGGCAGGUUCUCAGACUCCAGACUGCGAGUCAGAAGGUAAGCAGCACUGCCAGGAAGGGGCCUUCAAACUGCCGGUUAAUCAAAGGCAGAGGCUCCCUUGGAAGGUGGUGGACUCUCCUUCACUUGAGGUUUAUACGUAGUAAUGGAUGGCCACCUGUCAGGGAUUCUUUAGCUGGGAUUCCUGUGUCGCAGGGGGUUGGACUAGAUGAACCUUUGGGGUUCCAAUUCUGGAAUGCUGUGAUCUUGGUGUGCUGCUAAAAGACAGCUGCAUCCCCUUCCUGUCCAGCCCAGCCCUUUGUGUUAUAUUAUUCCAAAAUCACACAUGCAGUCCCAUGUCCAAUCCUGGGUGCCACAGUUUAAGAAGGAUAUUAACAAGCUGGAAGGUGUGCAGAGGAGGGCAACAGAGGUGAUCAAGGGUCUGGGAGCCAAGCCUUGUGAGGAACAGUUGAGGGAGUUGGGUAUAUUUUGACUGGAGGAGAGAAGACUAAGAGGUGACAUGACAGCCCUCUUCAAAUGCCUGAAGGGCUGUCACAAGGAAGAUGGAGCAAGCUGUUUUUCUGCUGCUCCGGAGAGUAGGACCCAAGCCAAUGGAUUACAAUUACAAGAAGAUGAUGACUCAACAUCAGGAAGACCUUUCUGAUGAUAAGAGCUGUUUGACAGUGGAACAGGCUCCCUCGUGAGGUGGUGGACUCUCAUUCCUUGGAGGCCUUUAGGCAGAGGUUGGAUGGUCACCUGCAGGGAUUCUUGAGCUGAGGCUUGGACCUGAUACCCGUGAGGAUCCCUUCCAACUCUCCAAAUCUAUAAGGGAGCCUGGAGCCCAGAGUGAGCUGACUUAAAAGACCCCAAUUCCACUGCUGGGAAGUCAUGUGGUUGUUCUGUUCCAGGGAAGCCAGGAUACUGCCCCACACUGGAUGGUGGUGGAACGUGUGUGGAGGAAUGUUCUGGAGAUAAUUCAUGUCCUGGGGACAAGAAGUGCUGCAGCAACAACUGUGGCCACACUUGCCAAACUCCGCUAAACGGUAAGAAGUCCUUUCCCUUCAGAAGCAGACUGGGGUCUUGGGGUGCAACAGUCUCACCUUCAGUAGGAUGUCCCCUAUAUCAGAGGGAGGUGGGGUGUAUGGGAAAGAGCUGGGACCUGUGAGCUUGUCCGCUCUUUACCAAGGAGCUCUGCAAGAACUGAGAGGUCAGAAUCCAGCCAUUCAGCAGCUGUUAAGAUUCUUAGCUUUAUCAGUUCCCCAGGACUUCAAUGUGCUUCUGGCACAAAGGCUUUCAAGCGCUCCUGAGAAAUACUCAAAGGGACAAGUGUAGCCCUCGUCUCUGAGAAAACCUCCCACUAAUGAUCUUUUUUAAUCACAUGGACAAUUCGGCCCUUGUUUUCUGCUGCUCCCAAGGGGAGGACCCGAACCAAUGGAUUCAAAUGACAAGAAAAGAGAUCCUGACUAAACAUUAAGAAUCACUUUCUGACAGUGAGUUAGUUGUUCCACAGUGGAAUGGACACCCUUGGAAAGUGAUGGACACUCCCUCGUUGGAGGUCUUUAAGCAGAGGCUGGAUGGCCAUCUGUCAGGGAUUCUUGAGCUGGAAUUCCUGUAUUGCAGGGGGGUUGGAUUGGAUGACCCUCGGGCAGUGCUUUUUUCCUUAAAAAUUUUUUUAGGGGUACUCUCAUUUUCCUAGGUAAAGGGACCCCUGACCAUUAGGUCCAGUCAUGACUGACUCUGGGUAUGCGGUGCUCAUCUCUCUUUAUUGGCUGAGGGAGCCGGCGUACAGCUUCCGGGUCAUGUGGCCAGCAUGACUAAGCCGCUUCUGGUGAACCAGAGCAGCGCACGGAAAUGCCAUUUACCUUCCCACCAGAGCGGUACCUAUUUAUCUACUUGUACUUUGACGUGCUUUUGAACUGCUAGGUUGGCAGGAGCAGGGACCGAGCAACGGGAGCUCACCCUGUCGCAGGGAUUCAAACCGCUGACCUUCUGAUUGGCAAGUCCUAGGCUCUGUGGUUUAACCCACAGAGCCACCCGCGUCCCUCUCAUUUUCCUACUCAUAUUGAAAUACUGACCCUCAAUGAAGCCAAACUUAAGAUUCACAAAAUGUUUAAGGGUAUGUGCACCCCCAUGUCCCCCCAGAAAAAGCACUGCCCUCAGGUCAUCUACGAUUCUGAGUUAUUCAAAACCAGCCCUGUGCCAGCUGGCUGACUCUCUCUGUGCUGGGAAAGGAGGGGAAACACUGCCUUUUGAGAGUGCCAGAGUCUGUGCGGUUAGAGUACUGACCCCAACACCAGCAUCAGAAUAAAGGAACAGAGGUGUGACUUCCCCGACCCUCUCAAAGCCAACGCAGUGGGGAAAGCUGAAGGAGGGCACCGCAGACCAUCAUCUGCUUCCCAAAUAAUGCUAUGAGGAGCCUGAGGAGGAUGCAGUCAAACCCCUCAGAAACCCAAUAUGGAUCAGAAGGGUCCUUGGUCUUGGCUCACUGUGGGAGGGAGAGAUGAUGAAGGCAUGCCCUGCCAUGGAAUCCAGAGGAACUUCACGUCCUCUUCCAGGAUCCCAUCAUGUGGGAUGUGAAACACAAGAGCAGUCAAGUACAACAUUCCUAGAGUGAACAUGUUUACACAUGGGGAGGAAUGUUUGUCCAGCCAGCAGGUAAACUUCCUGUUUCCUUCUGGGCUGGGACAGACUUCCUCUGCAUGUGACUAGAGGUGGGCGUGGCCUCACCUGUGCAGGUAACGACAAAAGCACAGGGCAGGGCAGCCAUCUCUCUCCUUUGACUACAUGCAUCGAAGAAGCAACAUCUGCUUAGCCAAAGAUGCUCUCUUGGCCUCCAGCCAGGAGAGGACAAAGGGACUGUCUCCUUAUGAGAUAGUUUCCAGGUGUAUGUUACUUUUCUAAGCUAAGUCUCCCUUCUGGGAUCCUAUUGUGAACAGAAUGAUGUGUUAGUACACCUUUUUAUACUUUUAUAGAAGACUGUGUCUUGUCUUAUCUUUUAUGAUGGAAUAAGGGGAAAAUACCAGAACAGUUAUCAUAGAGGCUUUAGCAAGCCUGAGCAAACGCAACCGUUGCAAAGCUUAAUAUAAAGGGGAAUGUGUUACUCUGCUGAAAUUGGGGAACUUGUUUACACAAGUUGGAAAGGCUAUAAUCAAACAACAUAUCCUCUCCUGCAUCCCUAAACAUUCCCCACCCACCCCCAAAUUGAAAAUCUGCCGUUAUAGCCUUUAUACCCGAGGUGGGUGACUCUCCUAAAUCCCAACCUGGGAAAAGCGCCCACACUCCAGACCCAGACCAUUGGACGCCUCCACCUGGGGAAAGUCCGUUCUGCAGUACACCUGUUGUGUUGCCCAUCACCUAGCCUUUGGGCUCUGGGUGGCUUAUAAGUUCAAGAGGACAGGACUGGAUCCGGGGGAAAUCAUGCAAAUGCGAGUUCCACGGUUUAAUAGUCUCUCUUUUGUGUGUGUUUUCCCCACAGUAAAACCCGGCGAGUGCCCCAAGUUCAAAAUCCCUCCUGGGCUGCCAUGCAAAACGGAUUGCUGCGAGGACAACCACUGCAAAGGGACCGACAAAUGCUGCCCAAUGGGAUGCAGCAAGGUUUGCGCCCCGGCAGGUAAGGGCAGGUGGGUGCAGUGGCUCAAGCACACGACUAGAGCCUGGUCCUCUCCUUUUUAAAAUAUAUUAUUUUUUAAUUGGAUUUCCAAAUCAUUACAAAUCAGUCCGAAUUACUUUGCUUUAAUACAAUUUCUUUUUAAAAAAUCAGGUUUUCCGCUACUGUUGCAAACAUAUGUCCAUCUCUUCCUCCUGUUGAUAUAUAAUCUCUUCUUUAAUAUCCAUUUCAUCCUUUACUAGUUGUUGUCCAUUCUUACAGCAAGCCAUUAUUUCCUCCUCUUGGGCAGCCACCUCUUAUGAAUAUAAAAUCCAUUUCAUGUCUGUAGCCCUUCAUAAUCUUCUUGUUGUCUGAGACCUGGUGUGCUGGGAGAGUUGAUUAUCAUCUUCCUUUGUUCAGUCUUUGCAGUGUUUGCAAGAUCAAAUUCCAACUUCCGCUGUUCAUCACUCGCAUACAGGCUGCGGCUACAAAUAAGUCCCAGAGAACAUAAACAAACUCCGCCAUUAAAACUCCACUCCCAAGUUCUUCCUCGGCACACGGUUGCAGUCUGUAACUGAGUCUGGCCCUCUCCUGACCAUUGCUAUUGUCAGUACGCCUUUCAACUGAUGUCAGUGACUGGGCUCAAUAACUAGUUCUGCCCCGAUUAGGCUAGGCAACUGGAGCACUUUCAGAGACCUUCCAAUCCUGGAAAGCAGGUCCCAGUGCACUGGACCCACAACUGUGCAUUGUGAGCACCAGACUCAGCAGAGUAUAAAUAACGCGGAAGCUAGCUGUGAAGCAUAACUCCUUUUAUUUCUAAUAGCUACUACAAACUAAAGAACUACUGGCUUGCAUGAGUGUUACAGCUCCCACUCAGCCAUCUAGUCACUAUAUAAGACUCUCUCCACACACAGAGUCAGGCAGUCAGGCAGGAGUGGUAGAGUAGAAGAGUAGUUUCCGCCCCCUCCUUUCUCAAAACAUCAGAUCAGGAGAUUCUUGCAAUGGGAGGGGUGAAAAUAUCAACAGCUAUGUCCCUCUCUUCUCCCCACAAGAUGCAAAGGCACCUAAUUUCAGGAGGCAGUGACAGCUACCAGCUUGGAUGGUUUUAAAAGAGGAUUGGAAAAAUUCAUAGAGAAGUCUGUUGGUGCCUGGCGCGCUCUGGUCCAUGGGGUCACGAAGAGUCGGACAUGACUAAACAACAACAGCCAGGAUGACCAUGCGCUGCCUCCAUCGUGUUUCUGAAUACCACUUGCAGGAUAGCAUGGCAGAGGAGAGCUGGCUCCUGAGCUUGGAUCCUGCUAGCUGAUUUCCCACACUGAGAACAGAGUGCUGGCCUGAUCCAGCAGGCUCUUCUGAUCUUCCUGUGUUCUGCUAGAGCCCUUGGUGCAGUGGAUAAAUGAGCAGGAAAAGCAACCAUCUUUUUUCUUUCUUAACAGUGACCGAUGGUGAGGAAACCAGCCUUGUUUCCAAAUAUUCCUCUUGUAGUCACAAAAAGGGGUGGGUCCAUCAGGAAGAGAAGCUCCUGGCAUGAACAGAUGUAACCGGCUUCCUCCAAGGUUGCCCUAGAUCUUGCCCAAUUGCCCACAGCUUUGCAUAAACCAUUGCUUCAUUCUACUUGAAAACUGGCCCUGCCUGAGCCCAUUCCUCAGAUCUUUCUCUAGUUCCUGACUGUCCUUUCAUUUACAUUGUUUUUUUUUACAAGCAUGUCUUUCAUUUGGUUCCUCGUCCAAAGGCCGGGGGUUGAACAGGCAUUGCUCAGUGGUGGCAAGGAUGGCUGACUGGCAUGCAGAAGGUCUCAGGUUGAAUGCCUACCACCCCCAGAAAACAAGACACUACAAAUGGAGCAGCUCACCCAGGGCUUCCCUCUAACUGUUCCCUUCUGCUCUUCCCAGGUUUUGAUAAGGCUUAAAGGGCAGCAGGGCCCAGAGGAGUCCAGCUGAAGGACACAGCUUCACUGCUCCCCAAAGGUGGGCUCCCAACUCAUGAGCCCAGGCAGUUCUCCCAUCAACCACCUGGAAUUCCUGCUUCUUCAAUGCUUCUGGAACAUAUGCACCUUGACAACAGCUGCUGCAAGACUCACCCAACUGUCUUACAGGGGAAGACUCUUGCUUUCUCUAGUAAACGUGCAUGGAACAAGCAACCAGAACUCUCCCCACAACUCCUAUUUACACUUGCAAAGUAGAAUUAUAAAUAAUUGUACCACAUAAGGUUUCGACUUACUGAGCAUGCUCGGAAGGAAUAUGGUCGGUAACUGGAGGUGAAAUCUAAUCCUGCCAAUAAAAUGCUAGCGGACCUUUGUCUGUACGCAUAUCUAGUGCGCAUGCUUCCCACUGUAGUAACUAUAGAGCAAUCACGGGGUUACGUACCUUAUAAGGAAAUGG